AUGGAUUACGGUUUGGAGCCGCUGCAGAGGGCCAGGUCCAACACUUGGCCCUUGCCCAGACCGGACGCCGAGGACGGCGGGUCCCAGAUGCCCGAGGGCAGCCCCCCGCAGUUGUUGGACAUUACAACCGACUUUGGUGGAAACGGCAGCAGUAGCGGUACCGUUGGCGGGGUGCCGUCACCGGGCUCGGGGCUGCACCCGCCGCAACAGCAGCCGGGUGGUGGCAUGGUCAGCGGGCCGGUCAAGAAGACGUCCAGCCGGAGGAACGCCUGGGGUAACCAAUCGUACGCGGACCUCAUCACGCAGGCCAUCAGCUCGGUGCCGGAACAGCGGCUCACGCUGUCGCAGAUCUACGAGUGGAUGGUGCAGAACGUACCGUAUUUCAAGGACAAGGGCGACAGCAACAGUUCGGCCGGAUGGAAGGUAAGACAGUGA